AUGCCUAUCACUAAACAAUAUCUUCGGUACGUUCCUUCUACAUCAUUUAACCUGAUAAAUAGUUCUGAAUGUAAUGGUAUUUGGAUUACUUUGAAUAAUCAAGAAGGAAGAUAUGUGGCAACAGGAGCUUGUGAAAAUAUAUCUAUAUGGGAUAUGAAUUUAGUUGAAAAAGCCCUUGUUUUACACGGAGAAAAAACCGUUGUCACGUACUUAAUUGCUAAUCCGAACAAAAAAAGUUUAGCUGCUGGUUUUAGGGAUGGAACGGUUAAAACAUACGAUUUAGAAACAACCGAAACAAACGCAGUUUUUUCCGGACACAAAUCAACUGUAACUUGUUUAGCAUAUGACAGUGAAGGCCAUAGAUUAGCAUCUGGAUCGAAUGAUACAAAUGUUAUAGUUUGGGAUACUAUUGCUGAAUCUGGAGUCUGUAGGUUAUGUGGACACACAUCUCCAGUAACAUCUAUUUCCUUUAUGACAGAAUACAAUAUAGUGUUAUCUGCUUCCAAAGACACUAGUAUUAAAUUUUGGGAUUUAGAUACAAAUCAUUGUUUUAAAACAUUAUUAGGACAUAGAACUGAAGUGUGGAGUAUAGUGUUAAUGAGAAACGAAGAGUUUUUGGUUACCGGAUGUGGCGACAGUGAGCUAAGAGUUUGGAAAUUAUCAAAUGAAAAGAUUAAUGAACCAACUGAGGAUUUGAGUUUAGUAAAUGAUGAAAAUGUUGAAGGCUUGACUCCAUUACAUAGUACUAAGUGUGGAUCUAUUUUACGUUCAGAAACUGGGAGAGUUUCAACGAUAACAUGUGAUGCUAGUGGUAAAAUCUUAGCUGUUCAUGGAAAUAGUGGAACAUUAGAAUUAUUUUCCUUUGUAAAUCUAGCAUUGAAUAUUUUUUAUUAUACGUUUAUUAUUGAAAUUUUUAGUACUGAUAAUUCAAUUCAUAAAGAUGAAAACACUGACACUCCUGCAUUACAAGAUAUUGUUAAACGUCUUCCUGUUAUUAAAGUUAAUGGAAAAAUUAAAUCGAGUAGUUUAAUUUUAGGAAAAACUGGCGAACUUAGGGUAUUAAUAACAUUAAAUAACAACAGUGUAGAAGUGUACACAUUAUCUGUUGAUAUUAAGCAAUCAGAACCUGCCUUUAGAAGAAAAAUAUUUCAACAAGGGCAUCAUUCUGAAGUAAGGGUUGUUACCUUUAGCUCUGAUAAUAUGGCAAUCGUAACAGGAAGUGGAGAUUCUGUUAAAUUGUGGAAUCGAGCAUCGACUGCUUGUUUAAGAACAAUUAAAACCGGUUAUGUCACUACAUUAUGCAUGGUUCCUGGUGAUAGACAUGCAAUAGCCGGUUUAAAAGAUGGUCAAUUGCUAAUUUUAGACUUAAAUUCAUCCGAUAUUCUUGAAACUAUUCCAGCUCAUGAAAAAGAAGUAUCUUCUGUGUAUCUCAUGGCUAAUCAGAGAGGAUGCGUUUCAGGAAGCUAUGACGGCACUGUAAAAUUUUGGGAUUUUGAUUUAAUCGAAGACAAAAAUUCUGGUUUGUCAGCCAAAGUUCUCUCAUUGUUACAUAAGAAAACAUUAAAAGUAGAUGAAGCUGUUCUUUGCGUUAGACUCUCUCUUAAUUCUAAGUAUGUUGCUGUAGCUCUAUUAGACAUGACGGUAAAAGUUUUUUUCUGCGACACAUUAAAGUUUAUUUCGUUAUUUAUGUUGUUAGUUUUAUACAAUAGAAAUUAUUUUAAAUUGCAUUUCUACGGACAUAAACUUAAUAUUAAUUGCAUGGACAUUAGUUCAGAUUCCAAUUUAAUUGUUACUGGUAGCGCUGAUAGAAAUGUUAAAAUAUGGGGUUUAGAUUUUGGCGAUUGUCAUAAGUCUAUUUUCGCACAUGAAGAUUCCGUAACGUCUGUUCAAUUCGUUCCCAAAACUCAUUAUUUCUUCAGUUGCGGAAAAGAUGGCAAAAUAAAACAGUGGGACGCGGAUAAUUUUCAAAAAAUAAUUACACUAAAUGGACAUUUUGGAGAAGCCUGGUGUCUUUCUGUGAGUCCAAAUGGUCUUUAUGUCGCAUCCACUGGAUCUGACAGAGCAGUGAGGCUAAUGCUAAGGACUGAAGAGCCUUUGGUGUUGGAAGACGAAGCGGAGGAAGAAAGAGCCAGAGAAGAGGAAGAGCAACUUGCAACGGAUGUUAAAACAGUUGUAAAAGGUCUCGGAGAAAUUAAUCUUCCGUCAAGAAAAACAGUCGGAAGUGAAAAAGGAGCCGAACAAAUUCUUGAAUCGUUGGAAGUCUGCAAAGAAUAUUUAGUUGCUCUUGACAAUUAUGAAAAGCAAGUUGCUUUGGGUAAUAAAAAUGCACAACCACCUUCGCUUCCUUUACUAAUGACUGCUUACAAAGCGAAAUCUGUCGAAGAAUUCAUGAUUGAAAUAUUAGUUAAAAUAAGGUCCAGCGAUUUGGAAGAAACAUUGCUGCUUUUACCAUUUUCCUCAGUCUGCGAAUUGUUAGAAUUAUUUCCUUUACUUCUUAAAAAUGGUAAAUGUGUCGAAACUAUUAUUCGAGUUCUUGUGUUUUUAUUGAAGAUUCAUCAUGGACCAAUCAUCAGCAAUCAAAAUUUAUUACCCGUAAUUAAAAAAUGUAAAAAAAUAGCUUAUAAGCAACUUAACACUCUCAAGGAUACCGUAGGAUUUAAUCUUUAUGGGCUUUUGUAUCUCCAAAGAAAUAUCGAGUUGAAGGAAGGAAUUAUUUUAUUCAAGGAUGCGACUAUCGAAAGAAAAGAAAAAGUUAAAAAAAGAAAGAGAAAAUUCGAAGCCGCGAAAAGAGCUGUUUUAACACUGACAUAA